AUGAACCCCCACGGAAAUGCGCGCCCCAACAUACCUGAGCGACCCUUCGUAACUGCCGAAGGAGGGUACUAUUAUCGAAGACAGGCUAUUCAAAACGCAAAAGGGACCGAACCGGAUCAGGAUGGAUUUCACAUCAUGGAGCAGAAACUAUUGCGUCGAGUGAUACACGGCGAUGGCUGGCACCCUUAUGAGCUGAGAUUCGCACAUCUCCUCUGCGUCGGUAUGACCAGGGAAGAAUAUUACACGAGGAUGUUUAAUUUCCAAAACAACGGCGUCGAGUUCACGCCGGAUGAUGGUAUCAUGGAGCGCAACAUGCUCAUCCAGAUCCCCGUUGCGAUGGGCAUCGGAUCGUUAGAUUAUUCCUCGAAUCCAUUUCUGGCCGAACACAUCACACCGCUCAUUUGGACCGAGGGACAAGAGCGUCGACUUCUCCCGAUCAACAUGCGGUAUAUCUUGCGAAGAGCCAUCGAGGUGUUGAAUGGAAAGAUUCAGACGGGCAUAUGGGUCAACCCCGAUGAUAUGCCCGGCACGGUGGUGCUGACUUGCCAGAUUUAUCCCUGUUGCCAUGAGAUCGCGGACGUGUUUAAUCUGUUGCGGUGUGAGCUGGAAUAUCUCGCCAAUGGCUUGCAACGUAACUCGUUCAAUCCGCUCGAUCGAAAGAUCUGGUUUCCCUAUCUGAGGGGCCUUUGCAAGCUCAUCGGUGUCUAUUGGGUACCUUCCAAUGAGCAACUCGAGGUCUUGCGCGCAACCAACGGUGUACUUGACGUGACUCUCGUGGAACGCCUACCUCAGCCCAAUUAG